UUGCCCUGAGGAAGGCCAAAUAUAGAGCCGAAAGCUUGGCAACUGUAUAAUACACUGUAUGAUUGAAGGACCACAUACCCAAUAACACCCCAAACCAGAUUAUAAUCAAAGUUGGUCGAUAACUGAAUAACCUCAAAAAUUUUCUAGCAUUAAACCAUUCCUAACCAUAUAAUACUGGGAUCUUUGGUCCUCUCUUAUUUUUAAUGUCGUUAUUUGUAAAACUAUUUUCUGAAAUUUACUUUCAACAAUCCCCUGGUCAAUUACUUGUAACAUCAAUGUUGUGCUGGGAGGAAGAAAAAAUCUAAUUGCUGGGAUAUGCUAGGCUGUUGCCCACAAGAAGGAGGACAAAGUUUUUGGUCCCAAUUUUGCAACCAUUUUUCAAAAAUUUCUCUGUCAUCCAAACUUUAGAAUUGGAAUGAUAGUCCCAGAUGUUUUAUAAUUUAUUUAUCCGAAAAAUGUUUAUUUUUAGUCCCACUUUAUGUUCUUAUUAACUUAUUCUUACAUCUGGACUUUUUAUAAAUUAAAUUCUAUGAAAAUGGGUCGGCAACUAACAAACUUAUUCUUUUAAUAAAGAAGCCUCCUAAAAACCAAUGCAAAAGGCUAGAAUUCCAGGUAAAAAAUUCUUAGAGCUUAAGACACCACUCACACAAGCAAUGAACAGGCAUAAGAAAUACAUGAUUAUAAACUUGGUCUAUAAUUUGCUGUUUUUAUUAUUAAAGUUAUAGCAAAACUAAAAAAAUAAAUCCAGCCAUAUUUUGUGUGGAUUAGUGUGUAAAAUUGGAAUGUUUUGAUAUUUUGCAAUUUAAGAUCAACUUUAAUUUUUUUUAAAUAAGCAAGGAAAGCUUAUUUGUAGUUAUCAAAUAAUUUGUUGGGUGUCUAAAUUAAGAUGUAUAUUUAAAAAAAAAAAAAAGCAAACACUCAUGAAUUGUUUCUACAUCCCCUCUCUGUCAUGUCUGUGGUUUAGAAGUGGCGCACUACGACCACAGUCCAGUGAUCAUUCAUGUAGACAUGCCAGCACAUGGGAACUUCUAUGAUGGGGUCUACCUCCUUUCGGGUUUCUCCGAUUUUUGACAUUACUGUUAUGUUGUCGGCCCUCUUGUCUCAUGCUCGCUGCGUUCGGGCAUUUAAAAUUGGUUCAAUGUCAUGAAUUAUUGUUGGCACCCGGUGGUGAUUUCCAGUAGGAAGAAAUGGAAGAAUUUUCAAGCAGCGUGUACGGCCUGAAGGGGACGAUCCAUAAGCACGACAUGGAAAUCGGCUCCAAUCCGUCACUGCCGAAAAUCUUGAGCAAAGACGAAGCUUUGAAGACUUUGAAGUCGAUCGUAGAAAGCGGUGAAAACAAAGAUAUAACUCGGAAGGAUGACGACUUCCUACUGAGGUUCCUUCACGCUAGAAAAUUGAACGUUGAGGAGAGCUACCAGUUGCUGUCAAAUUACUUUUCCUACAGGAAAAGAAACAGAGAGCUUUUUGAUAACAUUUCAAAGGAAGACCCUUUAAUAAAGCAAGCCCUUUAUGACGGAUUCCCAGGUGUCUUAUCUAACAGGGACAGGCGUGGGCGAUGUGUUCUUGUUUUCUUUUGUAACAAUUGGGAUCAAGAGAACUAUCCAUUAGACGUUAUCUACCGCUCAAUCCUGUUAUCGCUUGAAAUUUUAAUUGUCGAUAUAGAAAACCAACUGAAUGGUUUUGUCAUUAUAGUCGACUGGACUAACAUGUCUUUCCGACAAUUUUAUUUGUUAAAGAUUACAAAUCUCACGCCAAAGACAUUAAAGCUAAUGAUAGAAGGAUUGCAAGACUGCUUCCCGGCUAAAUUUAAAGGAAUUCAUUUUAUUAACCAACCUUGGUAUGUUGAACCAAUAAUAGCCAUUAUCAGAGCUUUUCUUAAGGAGAAAACGAAGAAAAAGAUUUUUGUUCAUGGCAACAACAUGAGUACCUUACAUGAGCAUGUAAACAUAAACAUUCUUCCUGCUGAAUUGGGCGGAGAAGGUCCACCACACAGUCCUACCAAUUGGGCGAAUUACGUGGUUGAAUCGAAAUGAUGCUGUGUCGUCCAUAAUUAUAAAGAUUUAAAUUUAUUCAUUAUAAGCAGAAUUUGUUCAUAAGAAUAGUGAGUUAAACUGAGUCAUUUUUAACUCGGUGAAAUGUUAAAGAUUUUUUAUAAUUAGCUAUUGCAGUUUGGUUGGAGCACUGUCCAAAACCUAUAAUAAGAAUGAAGAACUGACUUCAUAGUUUCGCAGGUUUUUAUAAUACUCAUACUAUAUGUUUAAUUAUGGUGUUGUAAUGAAAAUUGAACCUUGAUUUAAUGUGAUAUUUUAAUCAUUAAAAGCUCAUCGUGUAGAGACAAAUUGCCCUUUGGUUACAAAUAACUAUUUUAUGAAAUAAUUAAAAAGGGGUGAAUUUGUUAGCUCUCAAAGUAUUUGUUAUAAGCUCAUUUAUAAUAAUUGCCACAUUAUUUAAACCGUCUUGACAGCGUUUGACGCUUUCGUUGUUUUGUAAUUUAGUAUUUUAAUAAUGAUGUUACAAAAUAUUUCAUCGAGGAAAAUUAUUGUUCAGUCCAUCUAAAUCAAAAAGUACAAAUUUGGGACUAUAAAAUAGCUCAUCCCAUUAUGCAGUAAAGAUACUUGAAAUGUUUAGAAAAUUCAUAAAUUAUUUUGUUGGCAGAUAUGUUAGUUGUGUAUGCUUUUUGUCAAAUUUCAUAUCAAAAAUUAUAGGAUGAACUCUAUUGAAAGAAGUGAAUAAAAAUAUAAAUUUAUCCACCUCUAUCUCUCCCAUUGUAAUUUCAUUAUUAUUAUUUUUACUGCAUGUCUCAUUUGUCAAGCAAAGCAUAUUACUGCCAUUUUGAGAUUAACAUAUGUAAAAAACAGACUGACUAUUUUCAGCAUAAACUAUUGGGUAUAAACAAACUUUUAAAAAAUUGUACCUUUUGUUUAAAUAUUCUUACACACAUUUUUAUUUAUGAUCCAAUUAAGCUCUUGGAAAAUUAUGAAAUCUUGAUACUAUGUACAUCUUCCCUUGUCUUAUUUUUCGUAUUGUCACUAUUGUGCUAUAUUUGACAAUUUUUAAGGCCAAAUAGUUUAAACAUAUAAAGACUACUUAAAAAAAAAACUAAUCUUAUAAAUUGUUUUGAAAAGAUACCAUCUUCCUCCUCAGUAUUUGAGAUUUUUUUUAAAUUUGCAACAUAGUUUGUAGCAGAAAUGCCAUUCAAUAUAAGUGUAUUAAAUAUACUUUCUAUAUUAAGUAAGUUAUUGUAAAAAAUAUUCCUCUUAUUUAUUAUAAAUAUUUGUGAUGCAAGUUAAUGUGUAGUGAAAGUAGUGCCUGUUUGUUUUCAAGUGCAGUAGUUUAAACAUUAAUUUCUUACUAUAUUUUGAUUAAUAUAUGUCAUUAAGAGUAAUAAGACAAACAGUUUAACUAUUU